CAAAGCGAGAUACAACGGGACAACAUGAAGCUAUCAUCGCAACUUUCCGGAUCCACGCAAAGCUUUUUCGUCGGGGUGCUUCUCACCGGGGCGUUUGUUUUGCUGAUUUCCCAAAAUGCUGCGAAAGCUGACGAAGCGCCAGCUUUCUUUUUGAAGAUAGCAAAGAGUAUACCGCGCGUAGGUCGAAGCGGCGGUUACGAGGAUCUCGUUUUUAAAUCUCGAAAUAAUGGUCCCAAGGUUGGAGGUCGUAACAGCGGAACACAGAGCGAACUCUGGCCAUCCUACUCCAACGAGGAACCUUUCGCGGGACCCAUAAAGAGACGAAUGGAAUAUCCAGUGGCUGAUGAAGCAUGGUCCUGGCAAAAUUUUCCACUCGCGAUAGAGGGACCCCGAGAACUAUGGCGAACAUUGGCUGGAUACUCGAAAGACACAUCGGACGAUAUCGAUAACGAAAUAUGGAAGCGGAAGAAGAGAACGGGUGACGAGGCCGUAGGUUCGCAAGAGAAUUAGUGUAAGCAGACGGCGAUGCAGUUAUGGUGUUCGCCGAGAAAUAUAUUUAAAACUUAUUGUCGGUGUAAGGUGU